UGCUUGACCGUGUAGAGUCUCGAACGCUUAUAUUUAUAUGUUGGUCAAGAUCACGCCACUAGUUGACCGAAUGCAGCGCGCGCUACGCGUUCAAGUUAAUCGUGUAUUUAUAAUUCUGUGAUAAGUGCUAAGUUCGAUCAUGGCGAAUGUGUCUGUACUAUUUAUGUGUGUUUUUUUGUGUUUACAAUUAGUCGUUGGUCAAUUCGGAUUCUUCCCUCAACGAGGAGAGCGAACAAUCCCAUCACCAUUCAACUUCUUUACAAACGCAAAUAGAGUCAGAAAUUCACUACAUAAUCUGUUUGAUUUUGGACGCCACACACAAAAUCAAUAUGAUCAAAAUAGACCAGAGAACAACAAUCAAUUUGGUUCAAAUGGGCAAUUCAACAACAAUCAAUAUCCUAACAGACCCAUCUACAACAAUGAGUUCGGUUCAAAUACACCGAUGAACAACAAUCAAUAUGAUUCAAACGGUCAAGUUUAUAACAACCAGUUUGAUCAAAACAGACCAAACAACAACCAAUUCAAUCAGUACGGACCAGAUUAUCCUUAUAAUCAGCAAAAUAGCGUUCGUUUCCCGAAUCGAGGUACAGAUAUAAUAGAAGUAAUAGAAAUGCCAAAUGAGGAUAUAUUUGAAGAACCAAAACCAACUAACAAUCCUAUCCAAGCAGAACCUACUCCCGAAUACGUAGAACAACCUAAUAAUGUACCAAACGAGGAAACGAAUUCAGAAACAAACUCUCCGAGUGAAAAUUCAGUGAACGUUAAUUCCGAACCAACAUCUUCGCCGUUCGGUAAUGAACAAGAUAGUGAGAGCGAUGAACCAUUUGGUAAUAAGAAUGGUGUACCAACAGUAUCACCAUCACGGUUCUCAACAAAUCGACAGCGACAACGUUUGACGCCAGUUCCUCCAUCAGAAUCAAGGAACAACUUCAACUUCGGAUCAACGGGAAUUUUCCAACCAACAUGUACAACUAUAGAAGGCGGUGUUGGAAGCUGUAUUGUUCUUACCUCUUGCCAACAAUACGUCAAAAUAUUGGCACAAGCGAAGACAAAUCCUGCCGCUGUGCAAGUCUUGAGGAAAGCUCAUUGUGGAUUUGAAGGCACCAACCCAAAGGUUUGCUGUCCUCUUGCAAGUAUACCAAAUACACCACCACCAUCGCCUCGCCCUGAGGUGACACCAGCACCUACAGCUCCAGUCACCUCAGUUGACACCGCAGCUGGAAAGUCUUUGACAUCAGAUUUCAUAACCGAAUUCCCAGUGCCGCCUGAGUGUGGACUUAGCAAUGCCUCAUUCAGCAGAGUCGUUGGCGGAGUUAACGCUAAGCUUGGUGACUUCCCCUGGAUGGCGCUCUUGGGUUACCAAGGCCGUCGAGGUGCUGAUACUCGCUGGCUGUGCGGAGGCUCCCUCAUUACGUCACACCAUGUGAUGACCGCUGCGCAUUGCAUACACAACCACGAAACAGACUUGUAUGUAGUUCGUCUCGGAGAACUCGACCUCGCGAGGGAGGACGAUGGAGCGAUCCCCAUUGACGUACUCAUUAAGUACAAGAUCAAGCACGAAGGCUACAACCCCAAGUCUUUCACGAAUGACAUCGGCUUGCUGGUUCUAGAAAGAGAUGUCCAGUUCUCGAGUCUCAUCAGACCAAUAUGCAUACCUACAAGCAAAGAGUUGCGAGCAAAGAGCUUUGAGAACUACAAUCCUCUUAUUGCUGGAUGGGGCAACACGGAGUUCCGCGGUCCCUCAGCAUCACAUCUUCAAGUUUUGCAGCUUCCAGUUGUCAGUAAUGAUUUCUGCGCUAAAGCGUAUUCUGAAUACAAGGCGCAAGUGAUAGACGAAAGAGUGCUAUGCGCUGGCUUCAAGAAUGGUGGUAAAGACGCCUGCCAAGGAGACAGCGGUGGACCUUUGAUGCAGCCUAUUUACAAUCCUGAAAACCUGUCGACCUAUUUCUACCAAACUGGCGUGAUAUCAUACGGAAAGCGUUGCGCAGAAGCUGGCUUCCCCGGAGUAUACACCCGUGUUACCAACUUUGUACCCUGGCUGCAGCAAAACAUACUUGGCCAUGAUUAAUCACCAUUUGAUUACCUGGAACUGAAAGAGCAUAAUUUGUAAAUAUUUGUUUGAAAAUGCUUUGUGAUCAAUUAAUAUAUUAAAGUGACAAAUAA